AUGUAAAACUUGAAUUAAAAGCAAAAAAAAGAAUUAAAACUCAAUGUUAUUUAAGAGUUCCUGAAGAGUAAGUCAUAUAAUCUUGAGAAAGUGUUAUCUUAAGACAAUGUUUGUAUGUUGGUUUUAGCAUUUUCUUAGAAAUUAAGCAUCUAAGUAGCAAUAAAAAUAUAUUAGAAUGAUAAUUAAUUUGAAAUUUAAAAUCAAUUAAAAAUGAUAGAAUUAGUUAAGAAAAAAAAAUAUAUCUUACAAGCUAUUGAAGUAGUUAAAGAUGAUCAAAUAGGUAUUACUGCCUUAGUUUUAGAACUUUGCGAUUGUUCUUUAAAAGAAAUUUUUGAAGACAACAAGAUGAAUUUCUAAUAAGUUUGUGCUUUAGCAUGCUAAUUGCUAAAAGGUUUUGCUGCAUUAAAAGAUAAAAGUAUUAUCUAUGGAAACAUUAAGCCUGAAAAAAUAUUGUAUAGUAGUAUUAGAAAUGAGUUUCUAAUAAAUGAUUUUUCAAUUGCAAGAUUGCUCAACGAUAUUAAUUCUGGAAAAGAGGAACUAGAAGGAAAUAUGAUGUAUGUGGCUCCAGAAGUAAAUGAGAAAAUAAAACCAUUAACAAUUAAUGUUGAUAUGUUUGGUGUUGGAUAAAUUUUGUUAGAAGCAUUAAUUUAGUAACAUCCUCUAAAUAUGAUGUAGUGGAUAAGUUUGAAAGAAAGAAAUUUAUUUGAUGUUAUGCCAUAGCUUUUAUAAUCACAAUACAAACAGUUUGCUUAGAAAAUUCUUUUAAAUAUGAUUGUCGUAAAUCCAAAUUCAAGGUCGAAUGCAGAUGAGUUACUAAUUAAUUUAAAUGAAUUUAAUAUUGAUGAAAAUUCGCUUAAAUAACUUAAAGUGAGAAGAGACUAUAAAGAAAAUCUAAAUUAAAGUUUGGCUGUUUCAGAAUCUUUGCCAGAAAAUUUUAAAUAGUAAUGCUAACAACUUGAAUUAAAUGAAGACAAAGUUAAGGAAUAUAUCUAAAAUCUAGCAAAAUUAGGCUAUAAAUUUGUAAAUAUCAUAGGAAAGGGUUCUUUUGGAUUAGUAUUUAAAAUCACUUAUAAUAGUUAAUAAAAAGCUGUUAAAAUUAUUGAAUCCAAAGACUAAAAUUAAAAUAGCAUUAAUUAACUAAAAAAAGAAUACGAUUUACUCAAAAAUUUUAACAAAAGUAAGUAUGUUUUACAGAUUUAAAAUACAUAAGAAAUCAAUUUGGCUAAACCUACAAUUUUCAUAUUCACAGAUCUUUGCGAUGGUGAAUUAACUACUUUAAUUGAGUAAUAAAUUAGUAAAAAACAAAUAAUCUCUAUCAUGAUGUAAUUAUUGAUGGGUUUGGAAGAGCUUAAAUAAAUGAAGGUUAUUCAUAGAGAUUUGAAACCUGAAAAUAUUCUUUUCAACAAAAAAGGAUAAAACUAUCAAAUUUAUAUUGCUGAUUUUGGAUAAGCAAAAUAGCUCUCAGAUAAAGGAUACACAGACCAUCUAAGCAAAGUUGGAACAAUGAAAUAUACAAGCAAAGAAGUUAUCGAAUUUAAUGAAGGUAGUGCUGAUCAGCCUAAAAUUUGCUAUAAGUCAGAUAUUUACUCUUUGGGAAUAGUCUUCAUUGAAUUACUUUGUGGAAGGAGGUUUAAUUUUUAGACUGAGGUUAGACCUAUUAGAAACGGAAAUUAAUAGAUUUUGAGUGAUAUUAAUGCAAUGUACAAAACAAAAAAUAGAGUCUUUGAAUAAAAUAUAGAUUCUUUUUUAAUAGAGAAUGUAAUCAAAAACAUGGUUCAGUAAAAUCCUAAAUCUAGAUAUUCAUCUGAUGAAUUGUUGAACAUUCUUUUCAAAAAUUUCGAUAAAAAUUAUAGUGAAAAGCAGAUGAGUAUAUUUGAUAAAUCCUUCAAUGAAUUUUCUAGUCAAUAAUGA